GAGGCGCGUUCGUGAACGUUCUCCAUCCAUCUGCGUGUCGCGGUCACAGGCUGGUGUGUCAUUGUGUGUGGGCGUGUUGUGCGAUUUUGUGCUGCGUCUAGCCAAAACCUAAUUGCAUUUAGUGAGAUUUCCUGAACAAUCAACAUGGCACAACCGAUGGUCAACUCCUGCUGCCGGUGCUUCUCGCUCCGGAACGGAUCGAUUGCGUCCGGCAUUCUCGGCAUCAUUCUGUCGAUCAUUUCGAUCAUCCUUAUCUUCACCGUCCGGAUCGACUUCAAGACUAUCCUGAUGGAUUGGUUGCCGCAGAACGUGGUGAAGAUCAUCUAUGCGCUGAACCUGGUGAUGACCAUCUUGAUCUCUCUUCUGAUGAUCAUGGGUGUGAUGAAGAAAAACCACUACUUCAUGAUGCCUUGGGUAGUGCUGGGACUAAUGCUUGCGAUCGGACUGCUGAUCAGCGUUAUCUACAACGCGGUGGUGUACUACAUCGAUGGGUUCGUCCUGGGUGGAACGCUCUGGCUCGUCGUUGGGUUGCUUACCGUCGUUAUAUACGUUUACAUGUGGAUCGUGGUCUACAGCUUCUUCGUGACGGUGAAGAAUGAGAACGAUCGGGGGCGAUACUCAAAGCAGCCAUAUCGACGAUAAGCCGCAAUACUCUUGCUAAAAGGGCCUGCCAUCUUACUCUACUUUUGUACUUUACAAGUUUAUUCGUUGUUAAAAACCCAAAAUUAUACAAAUCACAACGCAAUACAAUUGCUUAGUCAUUACACUGUAUAUAUUAAGCGAUAAAAUUAAACAAAAAAAAUCAGAAAAAGGAAGAAGAGAGGUUCAGAGUGCGAUCGAAUUACUAAUAAGCUAGACAGCGAUGUCUAACCGCGCAAAUGGUAGUUACAAGAUGCGUUUUUUCGUCAGUUGUUGUUAGAAGAAGAUUGAUAAUUAUUUACACGUAGUACUAACUUAUUCACAACAUUUUUUCGGUUCCACUGUGAGACUUAUUGUUGUAUUCAUUAAACUUUGGUUUACUAAACGUCAUA